AAUGAAUACUCAUCAAAUUUAAUAUCUCUAUAAACCUCCCACUAGUCCAUAGUAAUUAACAUCUAGAAUGUAUAAUUACAUUUAAUAUUAUAACAGGACCAUUAAUGAUUAGAUUUCUCCAAUUAGAGAUAUUAUUAUGCCUAAAACUAAUCGUGUCAGCCAAAAUAUCACUAGAAAUAGUGCAAGAGGUAUUCCCUAAUUGAUUACAACAAAAACAUAGCCAUCAGUAGCAAGGGAAUCUUGUUAGAUAACAAGAGAAUCUAUUCAUAUCAAAUAACCAUCUUCAAUGCCAAUUGAUAAUUUUACUAAAGCCAUUUACUAAUUAAGUUAAAUUAAACAAAAAUAUGAUAAAUCACUUGAAUCAUAAAUUGAUGCUAUAAUAAUCAUGCUUAAAACUUCAAAUUUUGAUAAAGAAAAUUGUAAUCCUAACUAAGAAUUAAAAUAAUAAAUUAUUUAACUAUAAUCAAGCAAUGAAAAAUUACAAAAUGAACUUUUGCAUAAAAAAUGUGAAAAAACUAAUAUCUAAAAUCUUGAAUAAAUUAUUGUCAAUCUUGAAUCUUAAAAUAAAUCAAUUACUAAUUAAAGAGACAUUCUUAAAACAGAAAAUGAAAAACUACAACUUAAAUUAUUAAACAAAGAAUAACAUUUUGUAUCACUUCAAUAAGAAAUAUAAUAAUAAAGAAAUUCAUUCUAACCUUAUGAAUUGUUAUACAAUUAAUAAAGAUAAAAAAUUAUUGAAUUAGAAGAAUUGAUAUAAUCAUUUAAGUAAAUUAAUUGCACAGAAAAUGUAAUCAAAUAACAAGAUUAUCAAGAUCUCAAAUGGAAAUUUGAAUAAUCAAGUACUUUCCCUUUUUAUAAUUAGUUAUUGCUUAUUAGAGAAAAGAUAAAGAUCUAUAAUCUAAAGUUGAAGAAAUCAAAAAAUAAAAAUAUUAAGUUGAAUAGUUAUUAAAAAGAAAUCAAACACUUGAAAUUAAAUUACUUGAAAUAAUGGAAACAGAAGUCAAAUAAAGAAUAAUAGUAUGA